UUGGACUUCUGGAGUCAGUCUCAAGCCAGACGUCGACUGAGUUACACCUUUGGUUAUGUAAUUUGGUGUUUCGUGUUUUCUUCUGUGGUGGUUUGUUUUUGUACGGCGAAACUGGAUAUCACGGAUAAAGAUAUGAUCACCUCCGCCAACGGCAACCAAUACCUUAAGCCGGAUUACCUGUCGCCGAUGCCAACCUCGGUAAGGUUGGACGCGAAGAAAAGCCCGUUGGCGCUGUUAGCCCAGACGUGUUCGCAGAUCGGCGCGGAUUCCCCGCCGAAGCAGGCAGAGAAGAAGAAAGAGACGAGGGAGAAAGCGUCGCCUGCGUCCGCAUCCGGCUCGCCCAAAGCCAGCUUCAAGCCCUACGAUUUGGAUGACAAGAGGUCAAAGACGCCAGCCAAAAGUCCACGGGAGUCGCCUCCCAGCAAAGACAAAUACCCGGCCGAAUUGCUUAAGUCCCCGUACCUGUACCCGAGGAUGUGCCGUGACCCGUACUGCACCGGCUGCUUGAGCGGGCACGUUUUGGGAAAACCGUGCCCGUCCGGAUGUACACAGUGCGGUCACAUGGCCGCCGCCUAUGCCCACGCCCAGUUGGCCGCCCUGGCCGCCCAACCCUACAUCUGCUCAUGGAUCACAGGUGAUUCGUACUGCGGAAAAAGGUUCACAUCUUCGGAAGAACUGCUGACACAUCUGAGAAGCCACACCGGCGACCCGGUCCUGCCUCAUCCUCUGCUUUCCAGAAGUUACCCGACACCUCCGCUCAGCCCGCUUUCAACGGCCAGGUUUCAUCCUUACAGCAAACCUCUUCUCACCCCGUCGUUAGCGCCAUUCCCUUACCCUCAUCCUGGCCUCCCGCCUUACUUCACCCCCUAUUCCCUGUAUCCUCCGAGGCUUGGCGCUUCGCAUCCCUAAUUUUGCUCAAUUCUUUUCAGACAUGUGGCCUAUUCUACGGCCUAUGGAUCUCAACCCCUUUGACCCGAAGGCACUUCAUAGCUCAUAACCGAAUUCUCUUUUACCCCGUAAAUGAGGACACUCUGUAAUUUUAUAUAUCAUAUCGAAUAUAUAAAAAAAUAUAUAAAAAUAAUGAAAAAAUUAAAUAAAAAUUUGUAAAAAAAUUCUUAUAUAAAUAUCUAUAUAUAUUUAUCAUUGUACAAAAGCCAUUAGAUUUAUUGUGAAAUGAGGGUUCUAUCCAUGUCCAUUUAUUUGUAAAAACUUUUUGUUUGUAUAUUUUUGUUAUAUAAGUGUUUAUUUAUGAUAACCAAAGUGGAAGUCCAUGGUGAUAAGUCAUUGUAUAUAGAUUAUUAUAGUUUAUAGUUACCGCAUGCACAAUACUAUAAUAUGUAUAUGGAAACAAAAAUAAAAACAAUGUCCAAAACAAAGAUUUUCGUUUCGUUUUGGAUGAUACAAUAUUGUAUUCAUUUGCAUUACGAGAAAUGCGUAUAGAUUUGUAUUAUUUAUUGCAAUAAAUUGAAUUGUUUUUUAAUCUGUGA